GACCUCCUGCACACAUUUUCACUUCAUCAUCAGGAUUUCUCAUCACAUUUUUACUUCACGGAUUUUUCUGCCUGUUUGGGUUUUUCUUUGCAGGGACAACGUGUUUGGUGACCUCUUUAACUAUAUUCUUUAUUGUAGGACACGAGUGAGGACACAGCAUGCUGUCGUCCCUGAAGACCCUGCUGCUGCUCUCGGUCCUGUGCACGCCGACCUCCAGCCUGUGCUUCCGCCUCUACAACACCCGCUCCGACCUCCUCUGCGACGACCAGGUGGCAGUCGGGGUCCGGAGCGACGAGGACGCGCCUGGUUACUCCCCCGUGGACGGCUGGGGGUCCCUCCUGCAGUCCUCGGAGUAUCUCACCUCUUCCUCCUCCUCCUCUUCUGCUGAGUCCAGCCGGGAAAAAAGGACUUCAAGUCCCGCAAACUACCGCUUCAUGAGCCGGACGAAGCUCAGAGGGCAGAUGCUCCGCAACAGCAGCAAAGGGGACCGGAGGAGCAGGCUGACUCUGUCCCUGGACGUCCCGACCAACAUCAUGAACGUCCUGUUUGAUGUCGCCAAGGCCAAAAACCUGCGCGCCAAGGCGGCUGAGAACGCGCGCCUGCUGGCUCAGAUCGGACGGAGAAAGUGAAACAUGUUGGACAACUCAGAUUGAACAGCCAUGACCAGUGUUGGCCUCCUCGUUACUUAAAUGUAAUGAAUUACUUCUUAUUUAUUUUUAAAGUAAUGGUGUUGAUUUGUUUCUCCAGGGGAAGAUUUAUUCUUUCCAUUCACAUUACCGGUAAAAGAAACAUUUCUA